AUUAACUCCCAAUAUUGGAUCGAUAUCCUCCAAGGUGGCCCCUGUAGGCCCCCUGGGGCCCUCAAGAGGGCCCCAAGAAGGCCCAAACAGGGCACCAAGGCCAUCAAACAAUGGGGCCCCAACACGGCCCAUGCAAGCUGCCAAAAGGCUCCCGUAUCGAAAGAUCCGCGAAGGCUAUUAUGAUUUACUUCUGGCCCUGCUCAAGCAGAUCCGGAUCUUGUAAUUGGCGGCUGCCCCGCCCUCUCUGUUCCGGAGGGGCUGAUGGAGGAGUGCGCGAAGCGGCAAGGAUAGCUCUAGUUGACUUCGCUGGGCGAUUGUGCCAUCGACGCCCGAACUAAAACACACGCUGUGUCAAAGUCGAUGGUCAUGGGCACGCGGGGCAACGGGCAAGCACCUUCCGCCACGCCGCGGCCGCCGCUCAGCAGCUGGGCAAGCUCAGCGUCUGCUGCUUCGUCCGACGCCGUCGAGCUGCUGCCCGCCACGUACCCGUCCUCGGCGGAGCUCGCCGCGGAAAGACUCUCCUUCUCCUCGUACUCGUCGGUGAGCGAACCGCUGUCGGAGGACACGCACAGCUCCUCCAUGUCGGGCUCGGGCUCGAUGCUUGCCCGCCGAACUGGCGCGACCGGCUUGGGCGCGGGCUUCGGCGCAAUCGGAGGCCGGCCCUUGCCGACGCGCGCGCCCCUUCGCGGCUGCACUGCGGGGGCCUCUGGCGACGCGGCGCGCGGCGGGUCCACGUGCCGGCCAGCAGCUGGUGGUGGCCAGCAGCCAGCGGCAACUGCCAGCAGCAAGCGGCCUCGGGUCCCUGGGCGUCUUGGCACGGGCAAUGGCGCACGGGCAAAGAGCGAUCGCACGUUGCAGCCAGGCCCCCGCGACUGGCGCCUCGCCUCCCGCGGGCGCCCCGUCAAGCGGGCAGGUGUCCCGCCCGAUAGCGGUCCCCAUUGCGGCCAAGGUCGAGCCAGGCCUGCUAUGGAGUGCGAAGGAUCUCACUGCGCGCGUUUCUCGCGCGCGCGCGCUCAAUGUCCAUCUGUCUUGGAGCCGAGAAUAUAGCGCAGAAGAUCGGACGUGCCUGAAUAAUCCGACAACGCGUAUUUCGAAACAGCCACGGCCGUG